AUGAAGAAAGUGCUGCCCGCGAACGCCAAGAUAGCAAAGGAUGCGAAGGAGGCGAUUCAGGAAUGCACCUCAGAGUUCAUCAGCUUCAUAACCAGCGAGGCGAGCGCCAAGUGCCAGGCAGAGAAGCGCAAGACCAUCAACGGCGACGACCUGCUGUGGGCUAUGGAGACGCUGCAGUUUGAGGACUAUGUGGCGCCGCUGCGGCUGUACCUGUCCAAGUACCGGGAAGCAGAGGCCUCUACUCAGAAGCACAAGGAGUGA